CGCAGCUUUCCAUGCCAGUCUAACGCAGCCCUGUGAGAAAGCGUGUGUGCAUUUGUGCGGCAAGGUUGCUACGCAAACCGAAGAUAGCCUACCCGCGGAUGGCAAGUGAGGCUACAGCCGAAUUCAUAGUACAGGACAUUACCCUGUAAACUGAAGGAAUUCGCUGUAUCAUAGGCAUGCUCAUGUGAAUUACCAUUUAAAUAAAUUGACGGUCAACCGAAGUUGAGCGCGCUGAAUUUUCAGCAUAGAUUCGUUAUUGUGGUUUUACCUAAUAUUAGCCGUGUGAAACCUAGAAUCGUCUUUUAGGUAUUUUAGGAUAUAAAUGAGGGGGCAUUGGGUAUCCGACAUUUUAUAGGAAUUGGGAGUAAAUAGGAGUACUCUAAAUUGUUUAAUGAACGCGGCGUCAGACUUUCUCGUGGUACUCGUAGAUUUUUCCGUGGAUGUAAGUAGAAUACUCCAUCACCUCAACGAAGACCAUCACAGCUUGUGUGAUCAGAAUUAAAAUAUCAGCAGCAGCUCCCAUUGAAACCGAAAGAAACAUGUGAAGACCCUGGUAAAGAUACAAGCACGAACCUUUGAGAAGACAAAGUGGAAGGUAGCCUAGCUUCCUUCCCUCACAUUCCUCCUCCUGUUUACUCUGCUGUUGCCUUGCUGCAAGCGUCCCUAGAGGUAUGGAGGGCCGAUGGUCGCGGCGGGUAACACGACGCAGCAGCAGGACUUCCCCAGCGGGCCCUAGAGGGGGCGCUGUGCUGGCCAUGCUGGGCCUGUGGCUGUUAGCUGUCGCUGCCACCGUGUGCCAAGGCCAGAUCACCUUCACCAGCUUCCACCCGGAGCGCCGGGAGUGGGCCUUCAACCACCUUACGGUCCACCAGACAACGGGGGCGCUCUACAUCGGAGCGGUCAACCGCGUCUACAAGCUCUCUGGUAACCUGACCCUCAUGGUGUCCCACGACACAGGCCCUGAGGACGACAACAAGGCAUGCUACCCGCCCCUCAUCGUCCAGCCCUGUUCUGAACCCCUGACCUCCACUAACAACGUCAACAAACUGCUCCUCAUAGACUACAGUCAGAAUCGUCUGCUGGCCUGCGGUAGUCUCUACCAGGGAGUCUGCAAGCUCCUGCGUCUGGAUGAUCUCUUCAUCCUAGUGGAGCCGUCCCAUAAGAAAGAGCACUACCUCUCCAGCGUCAACCAGACAGGAACUAUGUACGGGGUCAUCGUGCCCUCCUCCAAGGGCCAGGAUGGGACUCUCUUCAUCGGGACGGCCGUAGAUGGUAAACAGGACUACUUCCCCACCAUCUCCAGUCGUCAGCUCCCCCGCGACCCAGAGUCCUCGGCCAUGCUAGACUACGAGCUUCACACGGACUUUGUCUCAUCUCUGAUAAAGAUCCCGUCAGACACGCUGGCGCUGGUGUCCCACUUCGACAUCUACUACGUGUAUGGCUUCGCCAGCGGCUCCUUCGUCUACUUCCUGACCGUCCAGCCUGAGACGCCGGAGAACAGCAUGUCAUCGGGUGGAUCCUCCAACGACCUCUUCUACACCUCGCGCAUCGUCCGCCUCUGCAAGGACGACCACAAGUUCCACUCGUACGUCUCCUUACCCGUGGGCUGCGUGAGGAACGGUGUGGAGUAUCGUCUCCUGCAGGCCGCCUACCUGGCCAAGCCGGGCCGUGUGCUGGCCGCCUCGCUCAACAUCAGCACCACGGACGACGUGCUCUUCACCGUAUUCUCCAAGGGCCAGAAGCAGUACCACCGGCCACCAGAUGACUCGGCGCUCUGCGUGUUCACCAUCAAGGACAUCAACGCCCGUAUCAAGGAGCGCCUGCAGUCCUGCUACCAGGGAGAGGGCAACCUGGAGCUCAACUGGCUGCUGGGAAAAGACGUGCAGUGCACUAAAGCGCCGGUGCCCAUCGAUGACUCGUUCUGUGGUCUGGACAUCAACCAGCCCCUUGGCGGCUCUCAGCUGGUGACGGGACACACCCUCUACACAGAGACACGGGACCGCAUGACCUCUGUCACCUCCUACGUCUACAACGGAUACUGCGUGGCUUUUGUCGGCACCAAGAGCGGACGCCUCAAAAAGGUCAGUUACCGUUACUAG